AUGGAUUCUUCAUAAGAUUAAACAGAUCUAAAGAUUUCUAAUUAAGAUCAAAAUAAUUAAGUUUAAGAAGAAGUGGAACACUUAUAGAUCUAAAACAAUACAAAUUAAACAAAUGAUAAUUAAAAUAAAGAGUCUCAACAUGAUGAUUAGAAUAAUAUUGAUAUAGAUCAAUAAAAUUAAAAUAAAUUAGAAACUGAAUAACAUUCCUAAAUUAUUAAUAUAAAUAAUCAUGAAGAAAUAAUAUCCAAAAAAUUAGAUUCAGUUCCAUAAAAUUAAAGUGAAAAUGAUUAAAUAAAAAAUAAUGACUUUCAUGAAGAGAGAGAAGAACAUAAUAAUCAUAAUUCAUAAUUUGUUGAAUCUAUUUAUGAAACAGUUACAUAACCACUUUAGAAAAUAGAAUAGGAAUAAAAAGUAGAUAAUGCAUUUGUAGACUAAUCUCAAUUUGAAAUUUUAGAUAAAUCUAAUAAUUAGUAAUUAGAUUAGUAGGAAUAAAUAUAACAUGAAUAAUUAGAUAAUAAACUACAUUCUGCUUUAAAUGUAUCUAAGGAAGAAUAAAAUUAAUUGGAAUAUCCUUAAUUAAUUUAACCAACUUUAAAUUUUGGUAAAAAUAUAAAUACUCAAAAGGAAGGUAAUUAAGAAGAAGAAAAGCAAGUUGAAGAAGGAGUUAUUAUUGAUGAAACAAUUUAAAGUUUACCUACUAAUAAUAAUGUAUAGAAUUCUUAGAUUUAAAAUUCACCUAAAAUAGUAGAAAUAGAUUAAAAAUCAUAACUAGUUAUACAAUUCUAAAAAUCUUUAGAUGAAGCAACAUUUCUAAAAAAUUAAGGAAAUUAAUGGUUUCAAUAACAAAAUUAUGGAAGAGCUACUGAAUAAUAUAAUCUAGCUUUAGGAUUAUGUGAUCCAUAUUAUUUAAUGUAAUGUCCUGAAGAAUAAUUAUAAUAAUUUAAAAAAUUGAGAAUAAAUUUACUAUCUAAUCUAAGUGCUUGUUUUUUAAAUCUUGGGGAUUCUAAUUCUUGUAUAACACAUGCUAAUAUUGUAAAUAUUAUUUUUAAUUAUUAAUAGGCAAUUUAACUUGAUCCUUCAAAUUAAAAAGUUUGGUAUAGAAGAGCUUUGGCAUAUUAAUAAAAAUAAGAUUAUGAAGAGGCAUGGAGAGAUAUUGAUUAAGCUUGGAAUUUAGUGAAAAACACCACUUAAAAUUAAGAGAUAUUUGAUAAAAGAAAAGAAAUUAGAGAACUAUUAAAAUAAUCAAAUAAAGAAAGAGCAUAACUUUACUAAACUAUGUUAAGUAAUACUUAAAAUCAAACUGAAAAUAAAAGUACAAUUAAUUAAUCAAAAACAAAUGAUUCUAAAUUAACAAUUAGUGAAAUAUAAAAGAAAUCAUAAUUAAAUGAUUAUAAUUAAGAUGGUUUUAGAUAUACUGACAUCAUUUGGAAAACUACAGCUUCAGCAGUACUUGCCUCUUCAAUGACUAAAUUUAUUUUGGAUGAAAAACUUAAUACAAAGAUGGGUUUAAUUGAAACUUUAGUAUUAAGUUCUACUACAGCAUCAUUUUUAUUUGUAGAAAAGAAAUGGUAAAAACUUUGUUUUGCUACUGUCACAGCUGGAUUUUUAGCUUUUGUUUUAUAUAGGAAAUCAACUAAGUGAGU